UCUAGCCGCACAUAACCCUUGAAUAGCUACUAGACGCAGCUCGCAGUGCGCAUGCGCGAACAUUUACCCAGCAGGUAAACUCCACCAUGGCGGCGAGAGGCCAUGUGCAGGACCCCAACGACCGGAGACUCAGACCUAUUUACGAUUAUCUUGAUAAUGGCAACAAUAAAAUGGCGAUACAGCAGGCAGAUAAGCUGCUGAAGAAACAUAAGGAUCUGCACUGUGCCAAGGUCCUAAAGGCUAUUGGCCUGCAGAGGACUGGGAAGCAGGAUGAAGCUUUCACGUUGGCCCAGGAAGUGACCUCACUAGAGCCCACUGAUGACAACUCGCUACAAGCCCUGACUAUACUGUACAGAGAGAUGCAUCGGCCUGAGUUGGUCACUAAGCUGUAUGAAGCUGCGGUGAAAAAGGUCCCUCUAAGUGAGGAGUAUCACUCUCACCUCUUCAUGGCUUACGCUCGUGUGGGGGAGUACAAGAAGAUGCAGCAGGCGGGAAUGGCCUUGUAUAAAAUUGUCCCCAAGAAUCCAUAUUACUUCUGGUCAGUCAUGAGUCUGGUGAUGCAGGCCAUCUCAGCACAGGAUGAAAAACUGGCCCAGACCAUGUUUCUCCCUCUGGCUGAACGCAUGGUGGAAAAAAUGGUCAAGGAGGACAAGAUAGAAGCAGAAGCAGAGGUGCAGUUAUAUUUUAUGAUCUUGGAGCGCUUGGGUAAAUGUGUAGAGGCUCUCGAAGUGAUCAGGGGUCCACUUGGUGAGAAGCUGACCAGUGAACUGCAGAGCAGGGAAAACAAGUGCAUGAUGCUGUACCAGCGGCUGCAUCGCUGGCCAGAGUGCAACGCAUUGGCCCACAGACUGCUGCUCAAAAAUCCAGAUGAUUGGCAGUUUUAUCCCUCCUACUUCGACUCUCUCUUUCACCUGAUGGAUCAGUCGUGGAGUCCGCCUGAGGAAGGAGAACACUGUUCAGAGGGUUCUGUACAUCACACUGUGGCUAAGGUCGUGAGGUUUGUGGAAGAAAGAAUUAAAGGAGAGGACAGCAAAGAGUCUCGUUCACUCAGAGGACCCUAUUUAGCUCGGCUGGAACUAAUUCACAGGCUGAGAGAAAGGGGCUGCCCUGAGGAAAGUCAGAUGGGUGAUCCUUUUGAGCUAAUGGUGCAGUUCUUUGGAAAGUUUGGAGACAAACCCUGCUGCAUAACUGACCUCAGAGUAUACCUGCACCUGCUCUCGCCUGAGCAGCACGUUCAGUUCAUUAACCGUCUGAGUGAGGCAGUUCCUCUAGGGGAGCGUGAAGAGGAGGGAUUCGCAUUUCCUGAGGACACCAAAGCUCUGCAGAGGCAUCUGUGUAUGUUUCAGCUGAGUCGGUCGCUCGGACUGCAUCAUGCUCUCGACACAGAGGGAAAACUGCUGCUCAUCACCGAGCUCAAGGCUCACUAUCAUCACGGGCUCAAGUUUGGGAAGAGCGCUCUGAAGACUGAGCUGCAGUUCUCAGAUAUGUACUGUCUCAUGGCAGCUCAUGUGUAUGUUGACUUAUGGACAGACACAGGUGACGUGGACAUGGUGUGGCAGUGCUUGGGUCUCCUCGAGGAGGGUCUGUCUCACAGUCCCUCCAAUGCCCAGUUCAAGCUGCUGCUGCUCCUCCUCUACUGUCGCUUGGGAGCCUUUGAGCCUGUGGUGGACCUUUACUCCAGCCUGGAUGCCAAGCACGUACAGCACGACACCAUAGGGUUUCUGUUGACGCGUUAUGCUGAGCCACUUGGUCAGUUUGCCGCCGCCUCCCAGUCUUGUAACUUCUCCCUCAGGUUUUUCCACUCUAACCAGAAAGAUACCUCAGAGUACAUCAUCCAGGCGUAUAAGUAUGGAGCGUUUGAGAAGAUCCCAGAAUUCAUUGCUCUGAGGAACAGACUAAAUCAAUCACUGCACUUUGCCCAAGUUCGCACUGAGAGGAUCCUGCUGGACCUGUUUCUUGAGGCUGACAUAGUGUUGAGUCUGGAGGAGAGUGUGAAAGCCAUGACUCUGUCUGCAGAGGACGACGACAUCCCCUGGGAUAAUAUGAGGGACAACAGAGACCUCACCGUCUUCACUAGCUGGAACCCGAAGGACAGACAGAUUACCGACGAGCACCGGCGGCAGUCUCUGGAGGAAGAGUCCGUCUGGCUGAGGAUACGCUCUCUAACACUCCGGCUUCUCGCCUCCCUGGCUGCCAUGGGACACACAGCAUCACAGAAAAACUCAGAGAUCACCCAUGAGAACGGCGUCGGAGACAAGACCUCUGUCCACAGCAGCCUGCUCUCCCAGCUCAACCAGACUCUACAAGCUGCGUCUCUAAGGGCAGAAAAACGCAUACAGUUCCCGUUCCUGGGACCGCCCUCCACCCGUCUGGCACAGGCGCUGUCCAGUGGGAGCUGUCAGUGUCAGGCUGCUGCUCUCCAGCUGUCGGUUCACCUACAGGAGCUGGAAGCUGUCGGACUUGAUGAAUCAACAGAGCUCCAGACUCAGAUCUGUAACUGUUUCAAAUCAAUAGUAGUACAGCUUCAAGAAAUACUGAAUAAAUGCAGAGGGGAUUUAAUGGACAUGAAAGAGACCAAAUUAAAAAUGCUGCCCUCCUCUUUAGAAAACCUAAUCUUCUUUGUUGAGACGUUGUGCAUAGUCUUGUGGAUGUGUAGUUACUGUGCGAAGAUCCUCCGACCGCUUAAGACAAGUCUACAAAAGAAAAAGAAGAAGAAAAAGGAUGCCAACACAGCUUUGCCGUUGGUGAUGUGUGGCUUCCAGGAGUUGACGAGCAGCUUGCAGGAUGUGCUCACCCAGGCUUUGGAGCAUAUAAAGGGGCAGGAGACGGGCAUAACAGCGCUGAAACUGUCCGCUUUAACCUUGGAAGGUUACACACAGGAGGAGGUGUCGUUUACAAGGGCUGCUAUGGACAAGGUGCAGAGCAGUUACCUGCGCUCACUACAGGAGGCGGGCGAGCUGCUCAGAAAGAGAGCAGAAACGUUAAAGAACCUCAAGAUCUGAUCGCCGUCACAAGGCCCAGGUUCAGAUGACUCUGCUUCCACUGUCAAACCCAGUGACCUUCACAGUCGUGCGCGUCAGCCCACCAGCUCGAAGUACGAGGCUGGCUCUGUGGCUGGUUCAGCAAACCUCACCCGCCUCCCUCCUUUCCUGCAGAUUCCUCACUCAGCAUUUAUGAGCUCUGUCUGGAUGUUUCUCUCUUCGUUUUUACUUUAAGACGCACAUAUCUGGAACAUUUGCAACUCCUAUAGCACAUAAGCUUUGUAAGUAAACUUAUCAGUUCAAUGUGAGGAACAAACAUGCUUCUUUAAGAGAGUAAAUUAGGAAACAUGAAUAAGCAGUUUUUGACUAAUAAUAAAUUAUUGUACAUAGUAAAGAGCAACUACUCCUCAAGUAAAGAGAAUAUAAGACAAUAAACCACUCAUCUGUUCGUUGGUCAGUUGCGUUUCCUCUUUGUUGUUGUUCUUAUGACAGAGACAACAGUUUGUUACAGCUCAGAGGAGGAAAGCUCUUGUGCUGCUCCUCUGGUGGUUUCUCCAUCUGCGUUAUACUGAUUGACUCUAUGGGAGCGUGACUCCCAGCAGGAGGCCUCCAUACUCAAGUUCCCCCACUCAACUGCUUUUCUUUGUUUUGGGUUUAUUUUUGUUUGUUUUUUUUUUUUGCUUUGAGUUGCUUUGAUGCUUCUGCAGUUACAGUGUUGUACAGAACAGUCAAAUGAGUUAGAGGACUUUUUUUAUUCUGCAUUGUCUGCUGCAGUGUUUUUUUAUAUCAUUUCAGCAGAAGGGGUGUUUGGUAAACUGCUAUAUGAGAUCAGGUUGUUCUGGCACAAGCAGGAUCUGUCAUGGUCCUUUAAGACUGGACUGAUCAUUAUUUAAGACGUGAAUAUCUGCAUAUGCUUUCCACUCAAAUCCACAUUUCAUCAUUUCCUCUGAUUCUGCUGCCGUUCGACUCCCUUUACAAGAAUGCAACCCCUGAUGCCAGAAUUGUCACCCUUUUAAACGUUCAUAGGAGGGAAGUGGAUGUUCUGCAGUAAAACCCGAUGAGACCGUGCAUGUUCUAGACCAAACCACUGAUGGGAUCUGAAGGCACAGAAGCUCAAACCUAGAGAGGCCUGUUUCACAGGAAACAUUGGAUCUAGAUGUAAAUAAAGGCAGCGUAGUGUGCAAGGAGCACAGGUUAGUGCAGCUCUUGAAAAGAUGCAAAUCUGUGUCUGCAAAAAAGAAACCAAAACGACUUCAGCGUUUUUGUGAAUGUUGAGCAUCUUCUGUUGUUCUGAAUGUUUCCUGAGCCUGAACAGUUUACAUAUGUCUGCCAAGGCCACUAAUAGGUGGUGUGCAGUUGGAUUUUAGUUUUUACAAUUUUUAAGAAUCUGGCAGAACAGUGUUAAAAUGUGAGUCAACAGCAAACCCUCCCUCCUUGUUAGUCUCAUUAAUGCAUCACAAACACACCUGCUAAUAAAAGCUUUACCUGAAGAUUUAAACCCAUGUGUGCAAAUGGAGAGCAGUUUAUAUAAUAGUCGACAAUCUGGAAUCAUCCCAUCACACGUGCUUUUGUUAGAAAAUGGAAAACGGAAACACUGGAAUGUCGAAGCUUUUUUUAAAUAAAAAAACAAAGGAUCUGUGAGAA